UGAAUCAAAAGGAAAACUGGUGUCUGAUGAGAUCAUCAUAAAUCUGCUGUCAAGACGCCUGGAAGAGGGAGAAGAAAAGGGUGAAUUGGGGUUCAUCCUUGAUGGCUUUCCUCGAACCAUGAGACAAGCGGUAAGCUAAUUAUUUGACCUGACCAUAAGUAUGCAAAAACAAAUACUUGCCUUUGAUCAGGAAGCAUUUUUCACUUGCUUUCGUUAACGAAAUGGCCCGAUCUGUGGUUUGGUGGUCAAUGCCAUGUUUUUUUAUUAUUGUCUUAUGCUGGGAGCAAAAUAGAAACAGAGAAUAGCUUCAAUUGAUGCCUUUUAGAACAGAUUCUGUAGAGCAACUCAUGGAUACUUUCUGCUUGUUUUAACAAACGCGACAUCGGGCGAGCUCUGAUGUAGGUAGAAAAUGGCCGAUGCCGAGGAUAUCCAGCCCCUCGUCUGCGACAACGGAACUGGCAUGGUCAAGGCUGGGUUCGCUGGCGACGACGCCCCGAGGGCCGUCUUCCCCAGCAUCGUGGGGCGCCCGCGCCACACUGGUGUCAUGGUCGGGAUGGGGCAGAAGGACGCCUACGUCGGUGACGAGGCGCAGUCCAAGAGGGGUAUCCUGACCCUCAAGUACCCCAUCGAGCACGGGAUCGUCAGCAACUGGGACGACAUGGAGAAGAUCUGGCAUCACACCUUCUACAACGAGCUCCGCGUGGCUCCCGAGGAGCACCCCGUCCUCCUCACCGAGGCGCCCCUGAACCCCAAGGCUAACAGGGAGAAGAUGACCCAGAUCAUGUUCGAGACCUUCAACACCCCCGCUAUGUACGUCGCCAUCCAGACCGUGCUCUCUCUGUAUGCCAGUGGCCGUACCACAGAUUUUAGAGAUUACCUGUAUCGCAAUUUUAGAUAUUCCGUGGAAAAGACGGAAGGCCUGGGUGUGUUCAGAACACAUGUGCUCACAGGGCUUGCCCGCUGCAUCUUGGUUCAGUGAACGAGGGUAGGAUCCAGUGCCCUUACCAUGGUUGGGAGUACUCUACUGAUGGGAAAUGUGAAAAAAUGCCAUCAACAAAUAUGCUCAACGUGCACAUCCAGUCAUUGCCAUGCUUUGAGCAGGAAGGAAUGGGGGUGCAUGGCCUAGGGGGAGGAUGGCGACUAGGUUCAUCGAUGGCGGCAAGCAGCUCGUGUUCGACCACGCGACACAGUUCUUCACUGCGAGCAUCCGCACCGCUGCAGGUGCUGCAUAUCAUCGGCAGAGAGGAUCGAGUUCAGAUCGAUGAUGCAAGGCGGCUGCAUCGUCGAGCUGUAACACCUGCAGCGGUGCGGAUCAAUGAGGGGAUUUUUUUGUACAGGGCCAGGGUAUUACCCCAUGACCUGGUGAAAGGGACCACUGAGCCGUAAUGCAACCAUUGUAACUCUGAAGAUAAUCAGUCAUCUAACAUUUGAUUAUUCAACUAGAUAGAUGAUGCCUCCUUAUGGGACACCACCACCAUAUGCAGCAAUGUAUGCACAAGGUACACCAUAACAGCAGGCACCAAUGCCACCGGGUUCACACCCAUACAGUUCUUAUCCUAUGCAGUCACCAAACGGACAGUUCAAACUCCAAUAAGAAUCUCUUGGCUGCUCACCUGUCGCAUCUUCCCCGAUUCAAAAUCGUCCUGGUCGCAUCUUCCCCGAUUCAAAAUCGCCCAGUUGAGUUUUCCAAUCCUAUAUUUUUUUCUCGAAAGUUUUCCAAUCCUAUAUUCAGUUUGCAGUAACACGAUUUUUGCAUUUAGCCAUUUUUUAUUUUGUUGUAUACUUUCGUACUGCUUCGUAGACAGCAAGCAAUGAUUAUUGAAACUAAUAGUAAGAAGAAUGCCCCAUCUAUUGACUCCAAAGCCCACGUUCUUUUGUAAUUCUAUAGUGAAACUUUGUCAAUUAUUAGGGUCCUAGAUUCAGUGACCGUUUAUCCACCCCAUGUCAAUGUCUUGCAACUAUAUGUUCAUCUUAAAUGCAGUUCUUUUUUUUUCAAUUGGUGAAUAAAUAAAAUAUAUAGCCUUGUAAGGCUGACCUGGUUUCACUACGUUCUGGUUUCCCAUGUUUACAUCUAGCACCUUUGAACUGAACAUGUGUCAUUUAAGAUACGAGAGUUGAGUAGUAUUGUUUGAUGUAAAUCUCUACCACUAUAAAACACCUUUCUACCGUUGGCAUGCGUUAACACAGUGAUAAUUUGCAAAUGCAAAUUAGCACUUUGAACUGCAAAGAGGUCUACUGUUCAUAUUAUUUCCUAUGAGGUAGUAUGUCUAUGCGUUAACACAGUGAUAAUUUGGUAGUAUGUCUUUUGUCUGAGCAACUUCUGUUGUGGUUAUUGUUUAUAAUAAUGGCCUACAUGUAGUAUUCAUUUUCUCUGUAGUAUAAUAAGCCCAUUAAAACAAUUGAAUGCCAUUGUCCGUGCAUC